GCUGUCUCCACAGUGUCUCUGUCUCUCUAUUUAGUCUUUCCUGUUAUCUGGCCAGUGAGGCGACUUGCAGUGCUCUGCGUGGAGGACGGCGGGUGGGAGGGUGAGCUGUCAGAAGGACUUGUGGACAGGUCGGUCCGUUUUCCCUCGUCUCCGUCUUCAGCUGUCUGUCCAUCACUGUAAUAGAGCUGCCUACAUCUUGUGGAUUUAUCUCUGUGUGAGUGACACCUGGGAAGGCAAGGGAAACCUGAGCAUAGAGGCAGGAGUCUGCCUCCUCCACCUCCACUCCUCCUGUGUGUGUGGAUGACCUCUGCUCCUCUAGUCUGCUCCUCAGCACCAUGAACAAGAUGAAGAACUUUAAGAGGCGUUUCUCUCUAUCUGUUCCUCGCACUGAGACCAUUGAGGAGAAUGAAUUCACUGAGCAGAUCAACCAGCUCAACAUUCGGCACACUCAGGGCCUGACCCCAGACAGACUGGGUCCUCCCUCUCAUGAUGCCAGUCCGGUGAGCCCUGAACCAACCACACCUGGAGCUCAGUCUCCAUCUCACCUCCACUACCACAGCAAGGCCCAGCACAGACGUUUCUCCAUGGAGGAUGUCAGUAAGCGCAUGUCCCUGCCCAUGGACAUCCGUCUGCCUCCAGAGUUCCUCAAGAAACUGCAGCUGGAAAGUGAAAACUCACCACUUGGCAAACCUCUCAGUCGCAUGUCUCGACGUGCUUCACUGUCUGACAUAGGCUUUGGAAAACUGGAGACAUACGUGAAGCUUGGCAAACUGGGCGAGGGGACAUAUGCUACAGUAUUCAAAGGGCGAAGCAAGCUAACAGAGAACCUGGUGGCUUUGAAGGAGAUUCGACUGGAGCACGAGGAGGGAGCACCAUGCACUGCUAUCAGAGAGGUGUCUUUACUGAAGAACCUGAAGCACGCCAACAUUGUCACACUGCACGACAUCAUCCACACCGACCGCUGCCUCACUCUGGUGUUUGAGUAUCUUGACAGUGACCUUAAACAAUACUUGGACAACUGUGGGAAUCUUAUGAGCAUGCAUAAUGUCAAGAUCUUCAUGUUCCAACUGCUGCGUGGCCUCUCCUACUGCCACAAGAGGAAAAUCCUCCACAGAGACCUAAAGCCUCAGAACCUGCUCAUCAAUGAUAAGGGCGAGCUGAAACUGGCCGACUUUGGUUUGGCGAGGGCUAAGUCUGUCCCCACUAAGACCUACUCCAAUGAGGUAGUUACUCUGUGGUACAGGCCCCCCGACGUGCUGCUUGGCUCCACAGAAUACUCCACCCCCAUUGACAUGUGGGGCGUGGGCUGUAUUCUGUAUGAGAUGGCAACAGGUCGUCCCAUGUUUCCUGGUGCUACGGUGAAGGAGGAGCUUCAUCUCAUUUUUAGACUCAUUGGCACUCCGACAGAGGAGACUUGGUCUGGCAUCAGCAGUAAUGAGGACUUUAGGUCCUACCUCUUUCCUCAAUACAGACCUCAAGCUCUCAUCAACCAUGUGCCCAGGUUGGACACAGAGGGGAUUGAUCUACUGUCUGCUCUGCUGCUGUACGACACCAGGAGCAGAAUUUCAUCUGAAGCUGCUCUACAGCACCCGUACUUCCUGAGUCUGGGGGAUAACAUACACAAUUUGGCAGACACUGCCUCAGUGUUUUCCCUAAGAGAGGUGAAGCUCCAGAAGGACCCAGGCCACCGCAGCUCAGUGUUUCAGCCUUUAGGUCGAGGAAAGAACCGAAGACAAAGCAUUUUCUAAAAGGAGGUGCAGAGGAGGAAAAGAGACACACUGAAAAGAAGAGCGGCCUUUUCAGACCAUAUCAGAAAGGCCCACACAGCUCAGCACAUUCACAAGCAUGCCUCAUCCACAUACACACACCUGCAUGUACACACAAACUUAUGUUCAUUCAUUCAUUUCCAUGACAGCUGACCUUGGAGACAAACAGGGUUUAUGGAAAGACACUUGUAGUGCACUUGAAAUGACUGAGCUGAGAUACACUCUCCCUCCCCUUACACACACACACACACACACACACACACACACACACACAUUUGCACAAUCAGCGACAUUGAACAUGCUGCCAUUACUUAGUUGCACCAGAGACACCAGAGAUUUAAGUAUCCUGUCAACACACACAUACAGUACAUUUCAACCCUAGAAAAAACAUUUCACUAAAUAAAACUGCUUGACAUAGUGCUACCUUCUAUUCAGAGCACAUCCAGUGCUCUGACCAUCUAAGGUAGUUACAACAUCUGGACCCAUCAUACAGUUGCAGGUGUGCAGAAGUAUUGCCUGAACAUUACUGGGACAAACACACAGGAUGGCUGUGGUGUGAAUGGAAGUAGCUUUAGUCUUAUGUAAAAUCUAAUUAGAUGAAUUUACUAUCAAAUUCUCUUAACUGUUUUGUCCAAAUAAUGUUUAGACUUAUCUCUAAACCAAAACACCAAGAUGUAGAUCAAAGAUACACUUUCUGAUUUAGUUUUAGCAUCUAAUGGUGCCUCCAAAUUUGCUCCUGCUCAAAGGUGUCAUUCUGGGAUUAGUGGGUACUUUCAGGGUCUCAACUUCUCAGUUGGACUUUAUGUACAGUGCAUUCAGAAAGUAAUCAGACCCCUUCACUUUUUCUUCAUUUUGCAGCCUCAUAUAUAUAUAUAUAUACGUACAAAUUCAACUUGUAUUAUGAGAAUACUGAUAAUAUAACAAAAAUAUAUACAAUUGUGGUCUCUUUAUUUGGAGUUUUUCUAGAACCUGUUUAUGAUAGUGUUGAUUCACCCUUCUGGAACCCACUCCUCCAAAAUUAUACCCUUAAUGUCAAUGAAAACAAUCAACAUGGCCUUGAAUUUGGACUUGCUUUGUCGUGCUUUUUUCACCUUGGCAACGAAGGAGUUUUCUCUUUUGUGACAUUUUGUCUCAGGAUUGUACUGGAAGAUUCAAGUUACAUUGCAUGUAAUCACCCCUUCUAAAAAAAAUGUGGGUUUCCUUCAGUUUGUUCCCUAAUGUCUCCACAAAUUUGCUUGCGUUUUUCCUUUUGAUCAGGAGUCAGAAGUUUUGGGACAACUUUGGCACACAUUUUUGUCAUGUUAAAAUUUUUAUGCAAAAUUUGCCAAACUAUCUCUUAAUCAAUGGAGACCAUUUCUGCUAUCAUUCUUAUACUGAGUCUUUUAUUUAAUAGCCAUACCUCAUACACACACACACACACACAUAUAUAUAUACAUAUAUAUGUGUAUGUAUGUAUAUAUAUUUAAUAAUGGCAUCAACAAAAGACACUAUUACACUACACUAUUGCUAUUAAUACAUUUGCAAAAUUUUUCAAAUUUGUGUUUUAACUUUUUUUAACUUGGGGUAUUGAUUGUAGAUUGAUGAGGGGAAAAAAUCUUUUUAACAUAUCAUUUUAACAUGAAGCAGCAACAUUACAAAAUGUGAAAAAACUGAAGGGGUCUGAAUAAUUACUUAGUGCACAGUACAUUUUCUGGGAGAGAAAUUCUCAAGACUUUUAGACAUUUAGCUAUUUAAUUGUAAAUUAUUAGUAUUUAUCACAUAAAGAAAAUGGUAAUGGUAGCUGUAGCCCUGGAUACCAUUAGGCAGUUGGUAAAUAAAUGCAGGGUGUGUGUAUUUACAGAGGAUUAGCACAUUUAACUGUUCCUGUCUUUGUUAAUAAUAAAGGAACUAACAGGCUAAUUAAGCAGUGAAAUGUUAUCAUGAGGCUACCGACCUCUUAAACAAACAAAUAUGUUGGCUAACGCAAAAUGUGCGUGGCUAAUGCAUUAGAUCACAAUGGUUAUCUACUUGGAUACUAAUAAACUGGCAUAAUUUAAACUAAAUUAGAUUAAUUUGUGAUGAAUUGAUUUGUUCAUCAGGUCAGAGGAUUCUCCUAGUAUGGCUGCUGCGUUGUGUGACUUGGCAGUCUUGAAGUUGUACAUAAAGAAGUAGUCCAGACAUUAAACUUGUAGCAAUUUCCGGUACCUCCACUCACAUGAAGCAAAUAUUUAACCUACCACAGAGUCUGAUUCCAUCAUGAAUAUAAGACUUAAAUUGAUUUAUGUCAACAGAUUUGCCUUGCUACAGUAACCCCAUGUUUCAAUGCAGUGUGGGGUUGUGUUCCAUACAGUGUUAACAGCUGACUUUCACUCCAGUUUUUGAAGUUGCCUUAGUAAACUGUGCAUGAUAUUUUGGCUUGUGAAGAGUCUAUAUUUGAUCUAGUGUAGCCAAUGUGUUAGGAGGCAUUUGCUUUAUGUCUGUGAAUAACUCACUAUGAGUGUAUGUAUUUCUUAGUCUCCUAUUUGCACAAACCAGAAGUGUCCUCUGAAGCCUGCUCCCAUUCCCUUUGUGUCUUACCUAACAUGGUUUUAAAAUAUGACCCCAUAUUGUACCAAAACCCCUUAUCCCUAGACCUAGUAAACCGGGAAAGUAUGUUCUACAAACACUUUCUUGUAGCAAAUUACUCUAAGUAGGUGUCACCACUACCCCUUAAUGUUUUGCUCAGCUCUAUUACACCUAUUGCUGGGGAACACUGAUUGCUGUAGAACCACAAAAGUCAAUGUAUACAAAUACAUUCAGAUUAAAGUCCACCCAUCUGUUAACAGUCACAAAUGUGAAAAUUUCAAAUCUUGCUUAGUGCCCUUCACAGUUCUUUUGUGACUGAUUGGGAUUGAGCCCAGAGGUUAUGUGAAUGCCCUAGAUGAUGAAAUGAUCUGCAGUCACAAAAAUGAUGGGGCUUGUGGCUAAGUUACACUCCUCUGCUCUUUAUCUGCUCUAACUCUGUCUCUGUCCUCUUCUGUGUUCUCCUCUGUGUCCAGCGCUGCUGAGUUACAGCAGAAAAGACAAUUACACAGGGUUGGGGCCAUAUUAGUGGCCUAAGGUGUGUGAUUAAGGUUGUCUCUUAAAUCAAUGGUGCAAUAUAAAAAGAAAGUAUGUGUGGAAUACAACAGUGGCUUCCUAUCACCAUUAUUCUUUUAAUCAAUAAAAUUGUGCUGUGCUUUUAGAUCAGCAGAUGCACGUAUAUUCAAUAAUCAGAUGUCAGUUUUGGAAAUUUUAAAAAAAACUGAUUCAGGUGUUGUUAGAUGAUCCCACAAAAACUCAGACUGGAGCAAAACUGACCCCCUCCCAGGUAUUAAACCACUGUAGGGUCAUUCACACAUUGAGGAUCAUUAAGGUCAUUGUUGAGGGCCAACUCUUGUAGGUCAAGACUCUGCACUCUACAAAAGAGGAUGGACACUUAGAAAUGUGCAGAUAUGAGUACAGAUGGUUUAGAAGAGCAGUGAAGCACACUAUCUAUUUUAAACUGGAGCAACCAUUGGCCAACAAAGGGGACAUAGACUCAGCCACUUAUUAAACCAUCCCGACAUCCCUUCCCAGGCAGUCAAAGACCCAUUCACACCUUCACUUCACUGUAACAACACUUACAUGAUUUAAAGAGGUUUAGAAGAAGUUAAAAAAAAGAGCUAGUUUUGAUGCCCUAUUGUAAGAAGCCAGAAGGAUUAGAUUAGAAGGAUAGAGGAAAGAUGCCAUAAUUAUUUAAAUGUAGGGAAAAUACACAUUUUCAGAUCGAUCUCCCCUUUGAAGAAGGACAGACUUGGCAAUGAUGAGAACAAAUAAGUACAGUACUAUGAUAACUCACAUCUCCUAUCAAGGAAUGUUUAAAGAAUGAAAAAACACAACUUGAAAGAAAAGUUCUAACCCUGCUUAUUUUCUCACCUUCACACAGUUGGCCAGUCACUGAAUGAAGUGUGAGUGUCUGUUAGUUUCAGAAAAUUUCAGAAAGGUGUGGGAGAGAGGGUUUCAGACUGAACAAGCACUUCUGAUGAAGCAUACUGGUAGCUUAAAAAUUUGAAUGCCAUUUGGCCCAAGGGAGUCAGUAUGCUUCAAACAAAGAGCCUGUCAGAUUGUCAGACAACAAUUAGUUCCCCCUCACCUAUCCAACAAUGGAGAUGGGCACACUGCAUCAGACAAUUUUCUGAAACAACAGGUGAGGGCUUGAACCUGUUGCUAUAGUUUUUUUUUCAUUCUUUUCAUACCUUUUAUCACAAGCCUUCAAGGAGAAACUACAGAGGCAUGUGCCAUUAUCCCCAUUUUUACAAUUGACGUCUCACCCCUCUGUUGCAGGCUUUUCAUCUCAUCUUUUUACAUAUGACUAUUUGGAGCAGGCAUGAACACAUGAAAUUGGACACCCGACACAUGCCUCCCAAAAUUUUAAACUUUGCUGUCUGUGGCAGCCGAAGUACCUCUUUGUUGAUGAUUUGUACCCCUGAGCUUAUCACCUCUGUUUCUUCCAAAACACACCUGUAGUCAGAUAAAUAAAGUAUUUAUGAACAACUGAAAACAAUGAAGCAAGCAGAAACCAACGCACAUGUUGCAUGCAAUGGCAACAUCCACUGUAAAAGUAUUCUUUUCUUCAGCAGUCUUCCAGAGACUAGAGCGCAGUUUAUGCAGUUAUGUACACAGUAAUUUUUGGGAACUGUGCAUAUACAGCUUAAAACCAUGCUGAGAACUUAAUGACUCUUACAUGAUUGUGAUGUUGCCAAAUGAUUCACAUGUGAACUCUCAACAUUAGAAUGACCCUACAGAGGUUAAAUCCCUUGACUCCUGACUCAGUCUGAACUGAGAAAGCUUUUCAAAUGAGAGGCAAAACAUCUUUAAGAAAUCUACAGCAGAUCUACAGCAGCUGGCUUUUAUUUAGCACAUCGAGAUGACUGAGUACACAGAUUUGAGGAGCAAAGGAAAGACAUUUGAGACUGUUAAGUGAAGCCAGGGGUAGAGAACCUAGUAAUCAUAGAGUUGAUGGCUUGACUUUCAAAAGGAGGGUGUGUUCAGGCUCCCUUAAGCCAAGCCCUGAACACCUAAAGCAAUCAUGUGCCAGACUGAUUUGAAGAGUUGAAUGUGUGUAGGCCAGGGGGAUUUAUGUUUGUGUAUGAGUGAAGAGACAAAUGCCAGUGGAAGUUAAUGGCUGCUGAAAGUUUUUCUACCUCUGAGAGUGAAUGAAGCUGAGGGAAGAAUAAUGUUAUGACCAUCCAACCCUCUGAUCCAUUGUCAGUGAGCACAAGUAGAGGUGACAGCAGUUUGAAGAGAGAAAUUCAGGGCAAACCUCCAAGGACUUCAGAGGGAUGUACAUCUGUGGAUGUUGCACUUCCAAACCUCCCCCCUACCCUCAGUGGCAGAAGUAUUACUUUGUGUUAAGUUGUGGUAAAUUAAGCUAUUUUAAAUACUGUAUUGACAAAGAAAAUAUAUAUGUAUUUUAAACAGAUGUUUUCAUCUUUCAGUGAGUUUUAUUCUGUAUUUAAAAAAAAUAAUCUAUAAAAAAUAAAGCACUGUAUUUGAAAUAAAAUAAAGAAAAAACCCGCAGAUGAUGUCUAAAUGUUUUAUAAAAGAUAUGUUUAGAUUUUGUAUAAGAUGUGAUAUUUUGUGUGAUUUGUCUACACUGUUAAAAAAUGAGAAAUUGAAUGUACUGUGACUGCCAACAGGCAUAAAAUUGAUUGAAUAAUUGAUUCAUUAAUGAAUAUAUAUAAUAUAUUAAAAUUCUGGAACACA